AUGGACGGCACAGACGGACUGGACAUACCCGUACCGGAGUACAUCAACGAGCGACUGAUCGUGAAGUCAAUCGUGAAUGGAUUCGGUGUGCGAAAGCCUCGAAUUCUCAACAGUAACAUAACACGCGCCACGGCCAAUGGUGAUAACUACAUGAGUGAUGUGUUUCGUAUCGUGGCGAGCUACAUCGAUGAAGAUGCAUCUGACCGAAGCCCGGAACCGCGGAGCGUUUCGCUUGUGGUGAAAAGUCUUCCGAACACCGGGCAACGUGGUCCAAUCAUUGAGGAAAUGCAAGCGUACGAGAAGGAGGCUUCCAUGUUUCGGGAUAUCGUGCCGCAGCUAUCAACGAUGACCAACGAUACGUUCUUUGCCGCGCGCUGCUUUUAUGCAUCCGACCUUCCGGAGCGUUUGCUUGUGUUUGAAGAUUUAAAAGCUCUCGGUUACGUGACGGCAAAUCGUCAAGCGGGACUCGAUUUCGAGCACUGUGCAUUGGUGAUGAAAAAGAUCGGUCAGUUCCAUGCCGCCUCAAUGCGGUUUGCUGAGACGGAGUUGGAGUUGUUGCGGCGCAAGUUCCAUUUCAACAUGUUCAACCCGGACUACAGCGAACCAUCGGAACAGAUGCGAAUCAUCUUUGAGAAGGGAUUGGAAGCGUUGAUCGCCGUUGCGAAAUCGCAGUGGGAUAAUUUCGAUCCAACGAUCGUGGCCAAAAUGGAAAAGCUAACACCGGUGUAUGUGGAGCGAUUGCGCGAGUGUCUCGAACAGGACUGUGAAUCGGACGGUGGCUACCGUGUGCUCAACCAUGGUGAUCUAUGGUCUAACAAUAUGAUGUUUCGUUACGACCCAAAUGAUCUGUCGAUCGUGCAGGAUGUAGUGUUCGUUGAUCUGCAGAUCAGCUUCUAUUCGAGUCCGGGUGUGGAUCUCAACUAUGCGUUGACCAACUGUCCGAACUUUGAGACGCGCCCUCGACUAGACGAACUGGUCAAGGUCUACUAUGCGUCGUUCAAGGCAACUUUAGAGUAUCUCGAGUACGAUGCUAGACCCAUCCCAACGUUGGAAGACGUGUGGCGUGAGAUAAGACGGAUGGAGUUUUUUGCGCUCAUGUCCGUCCUUAACGUGUUGCCAAUUGUGCUGAUGGAUCAGACGGACGAGCUGGUGGUUAAUUUUGAAAAUCUCAUCGAGGGUGAGGAUGCCGAAAAGGCACGUCAGAUCCAGUACAAUGGAAAAAAUUAUCAACGGAUCGUGCGGCCGAUGCUGUUUGAAUUCAAUCAGCGUAAGUUGCUUGACGUUUAG